AUGGAUGACAGCAGAGUGAAGUUACUACAAGACAAGUUUCCUGAAAUUUUCAGCAGCACGCCUAGGGUAAUAAGAAACUUCGAGGCCAAAGUUGCCAUAAAAGCAGACAGUUUGCCCAUGUACUACAAGGCAAGGCCCAUUCCCUUCGCGAUCAAGGACGCUGUUGCAGAAGAACUGCGCAGAUUGGAGAACAACGGCAUCGUAAGACGAGUGAUGAAGAGUGACUGGGCAACUCCUAUCGUAGUGGUUCCCAAGCGUGGAGGCGGGCUCAGAAUCUGCGGAGACUAUAAGGUCACGGUAAAUCAAGUUCUCAAGACUGACUGCUAUCCGCUGCCUCUUCCAGAGGAUCUCUAUUCCAUGCUUGCGGGAGGCAGGGUCUUUAGCGUGUUAGACUUGUCUUCAGCCUAUUUGCAAGUACCGCUCUGCAACGAUGCCAAACCUUUACUCACGGUCAACACUCAUCUAGGACUGUUUGAGUACCAAAGACUUCCUUUUGGAAUUGCGAGUGCGCCAGCUAUUUUCCAGGCAAUGAUGGACCAGGUCCUGGAAGAAGAAUGUCAGUUCUUCCGUGACUCAGUCGUUUAUCUUGGCCACAGGGUUUCAGCUGAAGGAAUCUAUCCGAUAGCAGAAAAAGUGAAGGCUAUCAGGGACGCACCAGAGCCAACCAACAUUACAGCCUACCUAGGACUCCUCAACUUCUACGCCAAGUUUUUGAAGAAUUUGGCAACGGUGGCAGCGCCUCUUUACGAAUUGCUGAAGAAAGACAAACAGUGGCACUGGACAAAAGGGUGCAAGAACGCUUUCGCAAAGACCAAAGAGAUGAUUCUCAGCAGCGAAGUGCUCACGUUUUAUGAUGUGAAUAAGCCAAUUGGACUAAGCUGUGGCUCAUCUGCUUAUGGUCUAGGGGCCGUCAUCUUCCAUGAAAUGCCAGACGGAAGUGAACGACCAAUCGCGUUCGCGUCCCGCACACUCUCAAGCAGCGAACGCAAUUAUGCACAGGGCGAGAAGGAGGCGCUGGCACUCAUCUUCGGCUUGCGACGUUUCCACCGAUACCUGUAUGGACGACGUUUCAGCAUCUACACCGACCAUCAACCCCUUCUCGGUUUACUGGGACACGAUAGACCUGUGCCAUCCUUAGCUGCCGCCAGAAUUCAGAGAUGGGCAAUGACACUGGCCGCGUAUCAAUAUCACCUCAAGUAUAGGAAUGGUCGGAACAUGGAAGUAGCAGAUGCGUUAUCGCGCCUGCCGCUAUCCGUACAAGAGAGAAGGGACGAACCAGAUUGUUUAGCUGUGUUCGAUGCAACACCCCUGACUGCAGCGCAAGUUGCAAAGGAAACUAAGCGAGACCCGCUUCUCAGUGGGGUCGUCCAGUAUGCACUAACCGGUUGGCCAAGCAGGUACCCCCAAGAAAUGCAGGCAUUCUUUGUGCGCAGAGAUCAGCUAUCAGUGGAACAGGACUGUUCGACAUGGGGCUACAGGGUCAUUAUCCCGAGGAGCUUGCAGCCUGCCGUGCUGUCGCUAUUACACGAAGCUCAUCCAGGCAUGACGCGGAUGAAGAUGUUAGCGAGGUCAUAUGUUUGGUGGCCUGGUCUAGACAAAGAUCUAGAGAGCACAGUACGGAGCUGCAAAAUCUGUCAAAGUGUUCUUCCGGCACAGACUGUUGGUCCUUUGCGGCCCUGGUCAUACCCGACAAGAGUUUGGCAACGUGUACAUGUGGACUAUGCUCUCAAGGACGGCGUAAAUUUGCUGGUGCUGGUCGACGCCUACUCGAAAUGGGUUGAGGUUUUCUGUAUGAAUACAACGACUACUACAAGCACACUGAAGAGGUUGGACGCCCUUUUUGCAUCCUAUGGUUACCCUGAAGAAUUGGUAACAGACAACGGGCCACAGUUCGCCUCUGAGGAAUUUCAAGAGUUCCUGCGACAGCGAGGAAUCAGACAUACUCGAACACCUCCAUACCACGCUGCUUCCAACGGAGCUGCAGAGAGACUGGUAAGGACCACCAAGACUGCGCUCUUCAAGGAGGUUCUGGAAGACAGGAUAAUGGGAGCGAAGCGUACAGUACAAGAGCGCAUCAACAACUUUCUGAUGUCCUACCGAAACACGCCAAAUUCGGUAACGGCAAAGGCUCCAGCGGAGCUUUUCCUGAAGCGGUUGCCCCGCAUUAGGUUGUCUCUCGUGAAGCCGAACUUCGCAAGUGACAUGGCAGACCGUCAGAAAAGGAAUACUGACCGUCGUAACUGCGAAAGAGGACCGGCAGACCUGUUCAGCGUCAACGACAAGGUGUUCGUGAAGACAACGAGAGGCGAAGCAGAAUCAUGGCAGGAAGGGAUCAUCGAACAAGUAGUUAGCACCGCAACAUACCUCGUCAGGGUAGGAUGUCACGUGAGAUUCACACAUGCUGAUCACCUGCGGAAGCGACGGGCCAUGGCACCAAGCACGUUUCGUGCUCCAAAUCAGGACGUCGCAGGUGCUGCGUCUACCCGUCCGAGUAACGAACCCCAAACGUGGGAAAAUGUCGACACGGCGGAAUCGACGUCACGGGAGCCAGGGCAGUUUCAGCACGGCAGCUCACCAAGCCCCAUCCAGCAGCCGGGAUCAGCAACUAGCAGCGGAGACAUGAUGGACAGGGAUAAGAAAACGCCUGACUCCAGCUUCGCUGAAGAAGAGGCGUCCAGCUUCUCCGGCUGUCAGUCGUCAACACCAAUGCUGCGGAGAAGCACAGGUGUUCGCACGGCUCCCGACAGAUACCGCCCGGACGAUUAUACAACAAAGAAUUAA